AUGAGAUUAAUUACCAUCCUUUUCCUCUGCUCCAGGCUGCUAUCAAGUUUAAGCCAGCAGCCCUCACAGGAAAUUGACUGCAAUGAUCACGAUGUACUUAUGGCUGUAGAUGCUGCUCUGAAGAACGUUAACAAUGGAAACCAAACAAACAACCUCUUUGUAUUGUACCGUGUUGGUAACAUCACCAAAUUGGAUGGCAUAGAUCCACUUUAUUUCUUGAAGUACCAAAUCAAGGAGGGUGAUUGUCCUGUUCAAAGUGGCAAGACCUGGCAGGACUGUGCCUACAAGCAAUCCGCAGAUGCUGCUACUGGGGAAUGUACAGCCACCGUGGAGAAAGAAAAAAAGAGGAUAUUCACCGUAGCUACCCAGACCUGCCACAUCACUCCAGCGGAGGGACCUGCGGUGAUUUUCCAGCACAGUUGCCCUGAUUGCAAGUACACCAUAUCAACAGAGGACCCCAAAGUGAAAGAAUUCCUGAAACAUGCUGUUUCACAUUUUAACAAGAACAGCAAUCAUUCCCACCUCUUUGAUAAUGAAAACACAGAACGUGCUUCAACACAGGAUUCCGCUGAAUGCACAGAGAGCGCACAUAUCGACUUUUCGCAUAGAAUUGCUUCAAACUCACAGAAAUGUAACAUCGCACCAGAGGGGGCUUUUUUCCCAAGGUUUUGUGCAGGCUGUCCAGUAAAUUUACCUCUCAACAGCUCAAAUAUGAAUAAGCUUCUGAGUCUUACAUCCAUACAGCUUAAUGCAGCCAUUAAUAGCAUAUUCUAUUUCAAGAUUGCCAAUGUGAAAAGAGCAACAUCUCAGUUGGUCGCUGGAAUGUCAUAUUAUAUAGAAUUCACAGCUGAGGAGACCACAUGCUCCAAAGGAAACAACACAGACUUCAGCAGUAGCUGCGCGGUCAAGGAGCCUGGGACACAAGGGAAGACAGAAGAGCCAAUACCCACUCCUUCCCCUCCUUCCCGAGCCCAGCCAGGGGUUGCAGUCACCUCUCCUGACUUCCAGGACUCAGAUCUCUUUGCAGCUGUGAUGCUUAACCCAUCAACAGCUCCCACAGAGAGUGAUGAUGAUUGGAUUCCUAAUAUCCAGGAGCUCCUGCCGUCCUGCGAGUACCAGGUCCGUGCUCGGGGGGCAGAGUCUGGCAUCCUGGAAGGUGCAGUGUCUGCCCAGGUCCAGAAGAGGCCAGUGACAGUGAUGGUGCAAAGUCAGAAAGCUGCUGGGUCCUGGGCAAACCAGCAGCCAGAGGCUCGUGGAGGAAUUACUACACGGCCUGGGUAUGGGCAACUUCCAGCCUGA